AUGCCCCUAGGCCUGGGAUACAGCACAAGGGGGCGGGGCCUGGCUACUUGCCUGCUGCCAUUUGGUCUGUUGCAGGAGGAUGGAAUCCGACAAGUUCUGGAGGAGAUGAAAGCUUUAUAUGAACAGAACCAGGCUGACGUAAAUGAAGCUAAAGCAGGACAAAGUAACUUGAUCCCAACAAUCAAAUUUCGUCACUGUUCUCUGCUGCGAAAUCGACGAUGCAUUAUUGCAUACCUGUAUGACCGGUUGCUCCGGAUCAGAGCCCUCAGGUGGGAGUAUGGGAGCGUCUUGCCCAAUGAUCUGCGAUUUCACAUGUCGGCUGAAGAAAUGGAGUGGUUCAAUCAGUAUAAAAAGUCUCUUGCUACCUACAUGAGGUCGUUGGGAGGAGAGGAAGGGCUGGACCUUACGCAGGACAUGAAGCCUCCCAAAAGCUUGUACAUUGAAGUGCGGUGUCUAAAGGACCAUGGCGAAUUUGAGAUUGAGGAUGGCACAACUGUCCUGUUGAAGAAGAACAGCCAGCAUUUCUUACCACGCUGGAAGUGCGAGCAGCUGAUCCGACAAGGCGUCCUGGAGCACGUCCUGUCGUGAACACAGGGCUGGCGCUGUGGCCACCUCCAUCGACCCACCUUCCGUGCGCAACUGGCACCAGGAAACCCAGCCGCCUGGAACGGUGGCCUUAGCAAUGGCAAAUACAGCUGUUCGGUGCCAUGUG